AUGCACAUUGCAUGCGGGAGAGGACUGGAAGGCAUGGUGCACGUGUUGCUUGCGGGAGGAGCCAACAGGGACGCCCUGACCACCCAAGGGUUCACUCCCUUGCAUUGCGCGAGCGGAAGGGGUGGGCUGGGAGCCGUGAAGGCUCUGCUGGCCGCUGGAGCGGACGUGAACAUCCGGAGCGGCGGGUGGCAGCGGCGGACGCCGUUGCAUGCUGCUGCGACUCUGGGCGACAGAGCCGUCACCGAGGAGCUUCUGCGCUGGGGUGCAGACGUUGACCUUCCGGACACCGAAGGAGUCACGAGUUUGCACAUCGCUGCCGCGGUGGACAACGUGGAAGUAGCCCGAUGUCUCUUGGGAGCGGGAGCGUCUACGGAGGAGGUGCAGGCCGGCACGCUCAACAGGCCGUUACACUUGGCAGCUUUUCAAGGAUCCUACGGCGUUCUCACGACCUUACUGGAGGCCGGGGCUGACUUUACGGCGACCAACUCCCACGGGGAAACGCCGUUGCAUCACGCCUGCUCGAUGAUGGACUUCGCGAUCGUCUCCACCCUGCUCCACCGGGGCGCGGACGAAGCCGCACGAGACAACAAUAACCACACCUGCGCUGAGGUGCUGGGAGAUGGGCUGGACGAGGAGGCUGGGAGGUUACGCGGGGACCCGGCCAUGCGCGAACGGAUACUCAUCGUGCUGGCCAAGGCUCCCGCGGAGAGGGCAUGGCGUCGCCGGUCUUGGGUCGUGAUGAUGCGGGCGCGGGAAGCGGACUGGUCGGGAGAUCUCGUCGGGGGGGGCGAGGAAGCAGGAAGGGCGAUGGUGGAGAUCUGUGGAUCAACGGCGGCGGCUGGUGCAGUAGUAGCGAAGGCCGUUGGCGCUCGAGACGAAAAGCAACCUUGCCGGGGAAGGCAUCGUAGCAACAACGAGGGCAGUAAGAGGAUACAAGGGGUCGACGAGGAGGCCUUCCGAUCAUGCGUUUACUGGGUCGUGCGCGCGCAGGAGGAGGGGAUUUUUCGCCUCGUGGUUUCAUUCUUGUAA